AUGACUUACUUCCGGAUAACCCUCAUCCGCUCUGCCAUCGGUCUCCCCCGCCGCACCACAGGCGUUCUGCAUGCGCUCGGUCUGAAGAAACGAAUGGCCACAGUCUUCUACCCCGUCAGCCGAGAUGUUGCAGGUCAGAUCAUGAAAGUGAAGGAGCUAGUUGCAGUCAAGGAGGUCGAUCAGCCUUUGGCCAAGGAACAGGUACAUUUGGAGAGGAAGCCGGACCCAGGAUAUUAUGUUGAGAAGAGGGCCGAGGAGGUCUACAGGGAGAAGAGAGAAGCCUGA